AUGCCCUUCUACUUCCAAAUGCUUCCGUUCCUUCAAGCUUACACUGUGAUUGUCUGCCUUGUCGGGUUGUUCGGAAAUGCCAAUUUGAUAGUUGCCACGUGUCGAAUCAAACAACUUCGUACAAAAAUGGGUCAGUUAUAGUGCCGUUCAGCUUGAAACACUUUGUUUUUUUCAGGUUGCCUCUUAAUGAUAUCAACAAUAUCCCACACAAUAUGUUUACUUUCUGAACUUAUAUCAGUUAAAUUGAAAUUGAGGCAAGCAUUGUGCAGAACUUCAUAUCUCAAGACCUAAAGUUAUUUCAGGUUCACGCAAACGCAUCGCGAUGAAUGCUUCCGAUUUGUAGCCGUCUACAUGUUCGCCGUCCUCUUCCAAUCCACUCUAUUCUUAAUGAUGGCCAUUGAUUUGCUUCUGGCUGUUGUUAUGCCCAUCAGGUACCUGUUUUGAGAAAGGAAUAACAUAUUUAUAGUCUAGAAAAUAGCACAAAUUUAGUAGAAGUAAAGCUCAUUUUAAGACACAAGCUCUGGCAACGUGGUCCCUACCUAAUCAUCCUCUGCACACCGCCUCUUGCCUUCUCAUCUUUAGCAGUGUUCAUUGAACGUCUAUACACGGAUCAUGACGAUCUCCUAAUAUGCACGGUCACUCUGGGUAUUUAUAAACAUUUCCAAAUCCUCACUUAUACCCAUUCCUUUCAGCGGCGCCUCGAAAAGUGAGAUUCUGGGGCACUCUCAUCACGUUCUCCACCGUCUUCCUGGCAGUUGUCCUGAUUCUGAUGACAGCCGUGAAAGUGCAUAGCAGCGGUGAGUUGACAGAAGUUGGAGGACAUCAACUCAAGUGUCUGGAGCUUUCAGAACAAUCCUCCGCCUCUCCAUUCAUUCGCCAUUCUUGUAGCGGAACAAUCAAAUCAUCAAAAUGUUCCGAAGCGAAACUUUUGAAAUCACUCUCCACUCUUAUUUUUGUUUUCAUUUGCUCAUGGAGCCUCUCCGUAGUUCUGUUCCACGUGUCACUCUAUUUCGACACAGCUGUGACUUAUCAGAUACACAAGUAUACGGUAAGCAGUUGCCGUACCAGUGGUAGUGUAAAAAUCUAAACGUUUGCAGUUUCUACUUCAACUCCCCACAUUCUGCCAAAACUUCUUCGUCACCGCGUUGAGGUCGCCGAGGUAUGCGCGGGCGUAUAUGGAACAACUAUCAUUUCUGCCGUGUUGUAAGAACACUAGCAGUCAGAGAAGCUCUCAGUGAGGUUUCAAUGAUUUGACGUUAUUUCCAUCGUUUUUGCUUCAGGUACGGAGUCUGGAAGCCUCACCCACCAACUGCAGAAAGUUAAACCGUUGGCUUUGUAUGCUCAGAGGUACACCGUGUACUUUUCGAGUUUCUCUGCCUCUUUUUCAGAAUAUGAGAAACCUGGAAAAAAUGUAUCUAUGUUAAAUACCAUACUUGCCUUUUAAUACUUUAAUGAGUCAUGUUUGAAUGUCACAUAAAUGAUUUCAAUUUGUUCUUCCUAAUACUCUGAAACUUGUCCUCAAAAACGUAACAUCACCCCAUUUCCUGUACAUUUCGCUCUCUCCUCCCAAUCAAAGUUCUCACAUCACAUAAUGCUCUUAUACUGGUAACUGUCAAAUUUAGAUAAGUGCUCCACGGUGAAGAGCAGCAGAAAACAAGUCCUGAAAAUUGAAUUCAUUCAUCGCCACUCCUUUCUAUCCCGUUCUCUGAUAUUUCGAUGGAGACGAAUCUCAAUUUGUCCGUAUCCCCCGCACCUAUUGGUUGGAGAGGCUUGGAUUACACCAAAUUGGCAAUUCUUUUGCGUUGCCUCCGUCAAAGAUCGUCUCGUCUAGCUGGUUCAUUAUUCGUGUCGUGCAAAAUGAGUCUGAGCAAACAAAACCGUGAGCGAGAAGAGGGUCAAAAAGAAGAGAAAGCUCUAGGAGACGUCAGAGAGAAGAAUACGCGCCCCCACUCUUUGUGGGAGAAGAACAAUUGCUCGGCGUGAAUUUCAUGUGGAAGCUUGGGAAAGUGUCAGGGGAUCGUUGGAAUACUGUAGGUCUUCUGAUUAGAUUCACUUUCCAGGGAAAGUAUAAUAUCUCUUUGGUUUUGAAUUCCUUCCUUAUGACUUUUAUAACUCAAUGAGGAAUCGUCAUCGACUUCUAUUUCUGACUCAUGCCUCUUCCUUCCUUCCUUCAAGUUCCAUCAAGUUCCAUUAGUCCCCCCGCAAGUUCUUCUUCUUCUUCUCAUUUCCUUUCCUUACCCGAAAGAGUCCAACCAGAUUUCUUGUUUUGAUGAUGCUCAUUUAGGUUUACUUCUUUAGAAAAUUGUGCUCACUCUGCUUUUUGCAAACCAUUCAGUUUAAAAAGUUUCUAAUAGUAGUAAUACUCUGUAGUUACGCUGAGACUUUGAUCCUAUUUCUAUUGGUUUGAAACGUUUUAUGAUCCUUCUGCAUGCAUUUAGUUCGUUUGGUGAGUUUCGUCAAACAGAUCUCGUCAUAAAGUUUUUGUUUUGACAUAGUUUUUGGGCUCAAGGUUCGACCCGGAAAAUAGUUCUGUGCCUUCCAACUUCGUAGCUUAAUAUGCUAACUAAUCAGAUCGGUAGCAGUGCACAUGGGUAGCUGAAUCGGGUCAAAACCGUAUUUUUAUAUUUUUAUCUGCAACAUCCUUGUUCAAUGCUUGCUCAAUUUCGUACGAACUUUUAAAAAAAUUGAGCCGGCUUAGCUUUUCUCACGCUCUCUCUUCAUCCUGUGGCGUUUUCUUAUUUGCCCUCACAGUAGGCUUCACACUUCCACCGGCACGGUUUUCUUUCUCACUUUUUCGGAUAAUCUUCUUUCAUCUUUAUCUAUUUUGGCAAGCAAAACAGAAACCAUCCAGAUUUUUCAUUCCAGCAAAUAAUAUCCGAGAAUACCCUUUUCCGUUCGUUCCCACGUUGUUUUCUUUCUUUUUUUCUAUUGAUGACUUUUCACGUCGUAUAUCGUCCCACCAAAAGUGCAUAGCACACCGUUUCUUUCUAACUAUGCCAAUUAUUAUAUACUUUAAAUAAUAGAAAAAGUUUUUACUCAACAUUCCCUCACUCACGUCUUCUUCCCCCUUCUUCUACACAACUAUGAUGACGUAUUCCAUUCAGCUCUUGUACUGAAUCAACGUAUUGCUUUCAGAUAUGCCUCUUAGCUACUACGACCUCACAUUCGCCCUUCAAACCUAUACGGUAGUCGUCAGUAUUGUGGGCCUUUUCGGUAAUAUCAAUUUGAUCGUUGCCACGUGUCGACACAAAUCGCUGCGCACUAAAAUGGGUAAGUUUGCACACGUUGUAGGAUUUAAGAUGAAAGUAUGAAACGUGCGAAAAGUCAUGGGGAAGCCAUUCCGAGAGUGACAAGAAUCACAAUUUAAUCCAAUUUUUUGCCAAUUUUUUCAGGAUGUCUCCUCAUGAUAUCGACUCUGGCUCACACGAUAUGUCUAAUCUCAGAGCUCAUUUGUGUAAAACUAAAGCUACGGUAUGUCAAAUGAUUUGUGGAUACCAGGAAUAUUGAAAAAUGAAAGAAAAUUCACGCAGCAUGGCCAUUAUUUAAAGUCGCCAACUUCUUCUUCAGGUUCACACAGACGCAUCGCGACGAGUGCUUCCGCUCGGUGAUCGUCUACAUGUUCGCAGUUCUCUUCCAAUCAACUCUAUUCCUUAUGAUGGCCAUCGAUCUAUUCUUGGCUGUUAUUAUGCCGAUAAGGUUGGUCCAAAGUUCGAGACUUUCUGCUCAAAGCUCUUCUCCGAUUUUGUCAAUAAAACGGAAGUUGGGUGCAAUUAUUGAAAGAAUAAUUACGCAUUUUCAUAGAGUUCUAGUCGUCGCGAAUAAAGAGAGGAAGGGGAAGGUUCUUUAGAAUCCAGGAACUUGGGGAAAGAAUAAAUGAAACGAGGUUUAAUUUUUUGUAAAGUCCGAGGUGAGUUCUACUAGUGUUUCGGUGUACCCAUCUAAUGAGAAGUUAGUAGUUUUCAGUGUCAAUGCUAACUUUGACGUCAUUAGUACUUUCUUUAGAUUUCCAAGUCGAGAGCGAUUUACUUACUAUUCAUUGGAAAACAAAAACAUUGAUGGGAAAAAAUGGAGAACACUCAAAACUUUGAACUCUUGUCUUCCAGACACAAAUUGUGGCGUCGUGGUCCUUAUCUUCUCGUUCUUUGCAUUCCGCCGCUCGCCUUUUCCUGCUUUGCGCUCUUCAUUGAAGAAAUCUACAUUAACCAUGACGAUCUGCUCAUUUGCACUGUCACUUUGGGUGAGUUGAAGAAUAGAAGAGAAUGGGAAAGAAACUAACUAAAGAGAACAACGAAACAAACUAGAAGUUGCCGCUUCUUUUCCAUAUUGAAAACCUCUCAUGUUUGCCAGAAAUUCGAUCUACUCUUUUCCGUUUUUAGCUAUGCUGCUUUUCGAAAAUCGAAAUAAUUUCAGCAGCGCCGCCGACUGUGCGAUUCUGGGGAACGUUAAUCACAUUUUCGACCAUAUUCCUCGCCGUCACUCUGAUCUUUGUGACAGCAUUCAGGGUUCAUAUUAAUGGUAAUCCUGGCAAUUCUAGAACUCUUCAAUAACAUCGGAUUCCUUCAGAACGCGAAUCGGCCCGUCGCAUCCUGCGACACUCGAACAGUGUGACAAGCAACAACAACAAGUGCUCCGACGCCAAACUUCUCAAAUCCCUCUCCACACUCAUGUUCGUGUUCGUCUGCUCGUGGAGUCUUUCGAUUCUGCUCUCCCACGUGUCGCUCUACUUUCACAAGUCGGUGGCGUACGAAAUUCAGAAGUAUAACGUGAGUAGAAACUCCGAAUAUAAUUUUUGAACAUUUGAACAUUCCAGAUAUUGCUCUCAUUGCCAACUUUCUGCCAAAACUUCUUUGUGACCGGACUCCGAUCUCCCCGUUACGCAAAAGCGUACGCGGAACAAUUAUCAUUUCUUCCUUUUGUCAAUAGCCGUAUCGCAACGAUUCGGCAUACUUCUUCCGUGAAAUCAGCCUUUGUUUAGUCAUUUCAUUGUUUUAAAGUGUUUUGAAAUCGAUUGAAUUGAUCUCUGAUAUUCUGGUAUACUUUAUGUGUUGGCUUUUGUAAUGGGUACGGAAACACUUAUCAUUUUUUAGAUAUUCAAUAAAGAUUCACCAUUUUCAAACGAUUUAUGACAGGUCAAAUGUGGAAAUGAGGAACUUAUGGUGUUAUUUAUUCAGGCUGUGAAAAAAAAAUUGUUUUUAACGUUUUUUUCAUUUUUUUUACGUCAAAAAAUUAAAUUCAGAGAUGUAAAAAAACGGAAAACAAACAUACGCUGAAUAGCCCCAUUAGCCUUCUCGUGAUAGUUCUCGGAAACGCAGUCUCUUACUUUAUACCCGAAUGGGCGUGUUGCAUGCUGCUUUGUGUUAACGUAAAAAACUCGUGGAAGCUUUAAUCAAAUCUAAAAACGUCAAAUGCAAAUUAGUAUAUGUUUGUGUUAUAUCAAUGUAACACGCAACACGGUCACUCAGGUCAUUUCACAGAGCGUUAUAUUUGGAAGUACCCUUGUCAGUUUUUCCCUGCAGACCUUCACAGUUUUUUGGUAUAUCUCCAUGUUAAUUUACAAAUGUUUCUCAAUGAACACAGGCUAAUCAGAAUAUUUUUUGGAUAAACUUGAUUGGAAAUAAUUUUCGAAUGCAUGCAUCUGGUGCCAGUGAAGAAAAGAAUAAGAAAAUUAAUUAAAAGGCAAAAGAAGAGCAUGGUUCACAGGAAUAUCUGAGAUGGGAAUUAAAUUAAAAAACGGGGUUCAACGUAAAACGGGUAAGAAAGCCGGAAAGUCAUAGAGAAAGCCGGAAAGUCAUGGCAAAAUUUAAGAUUUGCAUGGCUGUGGACUAGAAUAUUCCAUUUUUGUAGGGAGACUCGCGCGGCCCAUGAACAUUUUAAAAUUGCUUCCCAAUGUUCACUUUUUCCAACAGUUUUACCAGUUUUACGUGUGGAAAUUUUUCAAAUGUGGAAAUGAAGAACUUAGCCUUCUCGUGAUAGUUCUCGGAAACGCCGGUAAGAUCUUGAACGACAUUUAUGUACAACAACCUCUAGGAAAGCGUUUCACACUUCAGAAUCUGCUCCCGAAACCAAUCAACCUUCCUUUUGUCAACAGCCGUAUUGCAACGAUUCGGCAUACGUUCCCGAAGCCAAUCAACCUUGUACAGAAUCUUAAUUUCAAACAGUCUAGUAUGCCCCAGAAGAGUUCCAGCCAUGCUUUGCAAGGCAUCAAACGUACUGAUAGCACAAAACGCAUCAAACAUUGCAAUGAUUGGACGGAUGAUUCACUUGUCUACUCUACAUAAAAGUUGUAUUUGUUUAGAGUCAAAACAAAGUCAAUGUAUAUAAAAAUAUCUAAUGAUUGAAUCACAUAUGUAAAUAAUGAAUUGGGUUCCCAUUGGUGUUGCUAAAUGUAAAUGUAACAAAUACGGAAUAUGAAUACCAGCACACAUUUGCACUGAUAACGAUAACAGUUGCACCCUCUCCGUCCUUCUUUCCCCCUCUGUUUCCCUUCGUUUUGAGUUAUGCCACGUUGCACUUCUAGUCGUAUUCUGAUAUCUUUAUUCAUUUUCGCAUUUGGUAUCAUUUUCUAUUUUAAAAAUAGCGACAAAAUCACUAUAGAUGGGUAUUAUGACGACGGAGUCACUGAUAGGUUUGCUUUAAUUGAACUUUCGGAUGAGUAUUGAACUAUGCGGGAUGUUCAGUGCUGAAAGCGAAGGAUUUAAAGUUGGGCGGCGAAUCUUCAAAAACGCUCCGGACUUGUCUGAAAGCCGACUAAACUUUCGGAGAAUUGACAAUGACGGUUAUGCACUAUCGGCCUUUACAGAUGAUCGCAAUGGCAAUAUGGGGUACAAGUUUGUCAGAGUCAUGGUGAGUUGAAGAGGAAUAUUCAUGAAACUCUGACCAAAAAAUGACAAUGCUAUUUCAGAUGGUUAUCACCGGAAAGGACGACUUCGAAUGCGAAAUAAACAGGCGUACGUCUGAAGACGUGUCAUUCUACGAGUUCUCCGAAAAUCAUGGCAAGAAGAUGCAAUUGUUUAUUUUGAAUUGUAAACUGCCAGAGGGUAUCGAGUUCGCGAAAGUCGAUACGAUUAAGGUAAACGUUAACUUCAGGUAUAGAGCAAUUAUUUUUGAAUCUCAAAAUUUUUAGGUCACUCGUGUGAGCACUGGAGCGUUUGUGAAUGUUCCAAUCACUUAUCGUAUCCAGGACGAGAAAUCUAUUACUCCAGAUGAAUAUGACUUGAAAAUGAGUAUUUGUGUUCCUGCUCUUUUUGGAAACGUGUACGACGCAAAGAGGAUAGUUGAGGUAACACUCUGAUAGUUAAUCCUGAUACGUUUUAGCUUUCAGUUUGUGGAACUCAACAGUUUUCAAGAAAUCGAACGGAUCUUCAUUUAUUAUAAUCCGAAAGAAAUUACAAGCGAAAAAAUGAAACGGGCGCUGAAUUACUAUUCGGAUAACCAGUAAGUUGGCCGUGAUUCUUGACUAUUACGAAAAAAAGUGAUUUCUCAGUGUGGUUCAAUUGGUAGAAUUCGAACUUCCUUUCUUUUCCGAUGAUAUUUGGUAUCAUGGACAACUGGCGACUAUCACAGGUCAUCAGCACUCUUUUCUCUGGCCUUUACUGAUAUGAAACAUUUCAGACUGUCUUUUACGAAACACUGGCAUCUCCAAGUACACAUUUUUCCAUGAUAUAGAUGAGUUUUUUGUGCCCGUCACAGAGCUUACACUUUUUGAAACGGUUGAUAAAAUUUUUCGAGAUCCAACGAUAGGAUCCCAGAGAACGGCGCUAAAGUAUAUUGCUACAAAGUAAGAAAAAUGGAACAAUUUAUUAGUAAUGUAGCAAUUUUGAUAUUUUUGCAGAGAUACCAACGCACCAAUCACUUUAAACAACAUUGUCUCUUCGAAACGUCUUGAGACCCGAUUCACCAAGUGCGUAGUCCGACCUGAAAUGGUUUUCGAGCAAGUAAGGAUUUGGACAUCGUGAAUUCUGUUUUAGAAGCUCAUCCUGGGCUUCUGAUACAGGAUUUACGGUAACUUUUUGGCACACAAAAUAAAAAGGAUUAUUCAGGGUAUUCAUCACACGAGUCGAGUGAUCCAAGACCAAUAUCAAACGGUUUCUCAUGACGGCUCACUUCUCCGGGUGUAUCACUACAAAGAGCCCACCUACUGUUGUGAAGAUGAAAGUAUUCUGAAGAAACGGUACGGAAGUGAUCUCAGAAAGCAGUUUGACUACGUGGUACAGCAGUUAGAAUUGUAG